CAGGUUACUCGCUACGCAGUUGUUGGUUUGUGGGUUGUUUUAAUUUUCCACCGUGGGAUUUUCACUUAAAUAGACGUUAAUAAACCUUCUGUGGACCGUUAAAGACCGACAGAGUCCAGCAGCGGAACCGAGGCCCCUGUGAUCCGGGUCAAACCUCAUUCCGGAUCAGUGUCGCGGUUUGUUCGUUGGUUUGAGCAGCGGAUGGUGCUAACAGCAUGCUAAUGCUUAGCAUCGUUAGCUCAGAUUAGUUGCGGUGUUUCAGAUUUAUAAACCAGAGUGCGGCCGAUUUUAUUUCUCUGAUGGAGUAUCCAACAGGAGGUGGAGGAGGGGCGGUUAUCAGCGGAGGGAACGUCCCGGCCUUCCUCACUAAACUGUGGACCCUGGUGGAGGAUCCGGACACCGACCCGCUUAUCUGCUGGAGCCCGAGUGGAACCAGUUUUCAUGUGUUUGAUCAGGGUCGGUUCUCUAAAGAAGUUCUUCCAAAAUUCUUCAAACACAACAACAUGGCAAGCUUCAUCAGACAGCUCAACAUGUAUGGCUUCCGUAAGGUGGUGCACAUUGAGCAGGGCGGUUUGUUGAAACCAGAGAGAGACGACACAGAGUUCCAACAUCCGUUCUUUAUCAGAGGACAAGAACACCUGCUGGAGAACAUCAAACGCAAAGUCACCAACGUGUCCUCUGUACGUCAGGAAGAAGUCAAGAUCUCUACAGAUGAAGUGAACAAAAUCCUCAAUGACGUCCAGCUGAUGAAGGGAAAACAGGAGACCAUUGACUCCAGGAUCAUUGCCAUGAAACAUGAGAAUGAGGCUCUGUGGAGGGAGGUGGCCAGUCUGAGACAGAAACACGUUCAACAGCAGAAAGUCGUCAACAAGUUGAUCCAGUUUCUGGUGUCUCUCGUCCAAACCAACAGGAUCCUGGGAGUCAAGAGGAAGAUUCCUCUGAUGCUGAAUGACUCCAGCUCCGCCCACUCCAUGCCUAAAUACAGUCGUCAGUUCUCAUUGGAGCAUAUGCAGGCUGCAGCCAGUCUGUUCUCAGCUGAGUCCCCAGUAACCUCUGGACCAAUCAUCUCUGACAUAACAGAGGUGACCACGCCCACUUCAGAGGAUGUGGUCAGUGAUUGGACGGACACAGGAGAAAGCGAAUCAGUUAAUGUCAAAGAGGAGCCGUCCAGUCCUGAGGUGGAGGUGUGUCCUGUUCUGGAGGGUGGGACUACACCUGUAGACACGCCCCUCUCCCCCACUACUUUCAUCAAUUCCAUCCUACAGGACAACGAGACGCAGCCAACUCCCAACACCUCCACCGCAAACCCUACACCAGCCAUUGUUGUGAUGAGCCCUGCCUCCACUGGGCCCCUCCCACCUGCCCCAACCAGCCAGUCACCUGCCUCCAAUCCCACCCCAAAUUCCACCCCCAGCAUAUCUCAGCAGAAAUGUCAGACCAUCGCCUGUAUCGACAGACCCCGCCCCCCUCCCUCUGCAGGUGAACCUUCACCUGAUGUUUGGCGCUUCGUAUCAACACAAGCUGACAAGUCUGAGCUGUCUGACCAUGUUGACAGUGUGGACAACAGUCUAGAAAACCUGCAAAACAUCCUGAACACACAAACCUUCACCUUCGACACCUCCCCACUCUUCGAGUAUUUCAGUUCGCCCUGUUCUUCUGGAGACUUUGACCUCGACAGUUUGGACACUCUGCUGUCUGAAGGAGCUCUUAAAGGAAGUGAUGAAAGCAGCAACACCAGGAACACAGGGAAGCAGCUGGUGCAGUACACCACCACACCUGUCUUGAUGUCUGAACCACUCAGUUUGGGAGAGGGUGGGACUGACCUGCCGUCCCUGCUGGAGCUGGAGGCGGAGCCUUACUUCACACCGGACCCGCCCACUGAUGACCCGGCCGCUGCCCUGCUGAGCCACGCCCAACUGGACUCUGACCUCUGACAUCAUCAGGGAUGUGAUGACUCAUCAAUAACCAUAGCAACAGGACAGUCUGAGCACUGACUCAGCAUCAGCAAUAGACAAUGAUGAAAUCAAUCGAUCAGCUGUAGAUCAAUCAGUAGGUCAAAGGUCAUGUUUUUAGUAUGCAGAUGUUAUUGAUCGAUAUUAACCCCUUUAUAUAUCUGUGUCCUUUUCUUCUUCUACUCUUUUAUUUUAGCUUUUGGUUCUUUGCUGCUUUAAUUAAAUCAUUUGUUUGACGAUCGCUGUAAAAAAAACAAAAAACAAACAAAAAAAAAAAACUUACAGAGCAAGGGUCGCAUCUGUACCUGCCGGUCCAAUCAGACAAAGCUCUGAAGUCAAUGUAGAUGAUGUCACAGUACAGAUGGGAUGACACACAUGGACAGGUAAGGCAGGAUAAUGUGACCCAAGUGUUCUCCUGUUCUGCAUGUUGAAGUCAGAUUUCAUGGUUGUCUUUGUUUUCAUGUGUAAAAUAUAGAUAUAAUGAAGAGACAUAUUUUUGGAAAAGUUUAUUAUGAAUGAGAAGUGCCCCCACAUCACCUCCGUUACCAUGGAGACAACAUGGAACCAGAUAGAGAUGCAUUGAUCUGAUCUGUCGGAUCAGUCUGAGCUCUGCUUAAUCAGAUCAGGUAUCAGCCAUGAUAUGUUAUUGAUCCACAUUAAAUACAGUUUGUUUAUCAGUG